AUGACUCUGGACUGGUUUUACCAGACUUGGGACUCCAACCAUUGUGCAGCAUUAGGGGAAUAUCUCUUCCAGAACUACCAACAAGCCCUCAAGAUACUCCAGACACAGGGACCAGCAGUAUCAGCAGUCCUGAGGACUCAGAACCUUAUGACCAUUGAUCUGGAGCAAUUCUGCUGUGAUGAACAACAAUUUUUUGAAAAUCUCCAGAGGGAACCAGCCAGUAAUGAGAAAGCAUUUGAAUAUCUUGAGGUCCUGAAGAUGUUAGAGAGUGCACGGUACAUAUACUCUUUUCUGGAGAUGGAAGAUGAGUGA